CAUAAUAAAGAGCUCUAAUCCCUCAGGUUACCUUCUUCCUCUAAGAUCAUGGCUGAGAGACUGUUAAUAGGAGCACUGAAGGGUGGGAAAAACACUAAGAUCAUCACUUUGAAUGGGAAGAAGAUGACGAAGAUGCCCUCAACAUUAGGAAAACUGCCUGGCCUGAGGACGCUAAACCUUCAGAAUAACCUCAUCCCCAAAGUGUGUCCAGAGAUAAGCACCUUGACCCAGUUGACAGUACUAAAUUUGGGAAACAAUCUUUUCAAAGAAGUUCCAGAAGAGAUGAAAUACCUUACUUCCCUGAAGAAACUUCAUUUAUUUGGAAAUAGGAUUUGUAGAUUUGCACCUGGAGCAUGUGAUGGUUUACAAAAUUUGAUCCUGCUUAAUCUGAACCAUAAUCAGCUCACACAGCUUCCUCAGGAAGUCAACAGAUUAAAAAGUCUUACAUGUUUGAAUGUAAAUUGUAACCAGCUAACCAGCAUUCCUAGAGAACUUUUUUUCCUUGAAGAUCUUUCUGAACUUCAUUUUAACUACAAUCAGCUCAUUUGCAUACCUGAAGAGAUUAAACUCUUAAAGAAGCUCCAGAAGUUACUUUUGGCCAGGAACAACAUUGAAGUUUUGCCAGAGGGAAUUUGUGAUCUUAAAAAGCUAAGAAUCCUAGACAUAGCUGGAAAUAUUAUUCAGAUAUUUCCACCAGGAUUUCAGAAUCUGAAGCUGAGGGAAUUCUACUGCGAGGAAAACCCACUCAUCCUGAAGCAGCCAUUUAUAGCUAAUCAACGGGAGGACAUUUGGAGUCUAAAGGAAAUAACAUCAAGAUUUGUCAUGAAUCAGCUAGCUGGACAGAAUCCUUUUCUAAUGCAUGCCAUAGAACAGUUUCCAGAGGUCAAGAACAUAAUCUCUAAGGGAAAAAACUGUGCAAUAUGUGGAAAAUUCUUUUUAACCAUAUGGCUGGAAUGUGUUCAGUUUGUUCCUCCAUCAAAGAACUGCAAGAUAAGCAAAAAUCUACAGCUGGUACCUGUCCGAAUAUUACUUUGUUCUUACAAAUGUUUUAACCAGCGUCAACCUAACCUCUUUGGAAUUUCUCAAGAAUAGAACAGGCAAGAUGCUCCUUCAGUGCCUUCCUGGCUGCUCUGCACAGUCAGCUCAUGCCCUACCACCGUGCCAUGUGGUGUCCAAGCUCUUUGUUAAGCAAAGGAAGACAAAUGUUUAGCAUAGGAAGACAAAUCAUUCAAUUACACAGAUCCUAAUUUAAGCGUGAUAGUCUACCAUUAGAUUGUAAGGCUUCAGUAAUGCUAUUUUCCUUUGGCUUAAAAUGAAAAUAAAGAAUAGAAAAAAAGAAAGAA